AUGGCCUGUACCGGCCUACAACCCUCUCUGCGCCAGCUCGUCCGCGAUGCAGGCCGCACACGAGAAGUGCCAUCGUUCCUCGUCCCAGCUUUCUCACAGCGCGUGGCUUGCAGACACAAUUCGACAGCCGUCCAAGCUCCCCAGUCGCGAAUCGGUCGAACGCCGGUCACCAUUCCGCCGGAGGUGUCGUUACGAUUUUAUGAUUUACCCAAAUUCAAUGCGCGGAGUAGGAAUCCAGACACAGCCACCAGUGCGCUGGAGGUCAAGGGCCCAUUAGGACAACUGACCGUGCCGAUCCCACCGUAUUUGAAAGCCGAACACGACGAAUUCGCCGGCAAACUCAACAUUAGCGUCAAUGAUGCGGCAGAGAAGCACCAGCGAUCAAUGUGGGGCACCAUGCGCGCUCUAGUACAAAACUCCGUGUCAGGAGUCUCGGAGGGCCACCUCUGCAUCUUGCGUCUCGUGGGCGUGGGAUACCGUGCGACCGUCGAGGACUCGGCCACCACGAAGAGACCUACAUACCCGGGUCAGAAGUUUGUCAACUUGAAGCUGGGAUAUGCGCAUCCGGUCGAGAUGCCAGUGCCGAAGGGAGUCAAGGCCAGCGUGCCGCAACCGACGCGGAUCCUGCUGGAGGGCUGUGAUAAGCAGGCCAUUAUGCAGUUCGCGGCCGAGAUUCGCCGAUGGAGGAAGCCGGAGCCGUAUAAGGGCAAGGGAAUCUUUGUCAAUGACGAGACGAUACGGCUGAAGGCCAAGAAGAUCAAAUAG